UUCAACUCCUCCCCCCAUCCGAACCCUACCGAUGCCAAUGGAGCGAUCUCAACCCUCCAUCGUCGUCGCGAUCGAGUGCAUCGCUCCGAGUGGGGCGGCGAUACUCUCACAGACCGGCGACGAUCGUUCGAGGAGAUACAAGAUCGGCUCCUCCCCCGCCAUCCGAUCUCCGUUCAAGGGCGGAAGGAGCGGGAUCAACAAGAUCCUCCACGCGGCGUUCAAGCGUGGCGACACGUCGAUCCGGGUCCGUGUCCGGCGGGGCCCUGUGGGGCCCCAGGUCCGGGCCCACGAGCAUCGGAUCGUCGAGCUCCAGGCUUGCAUCGUGCCUAAUGAAUCAGCGGGAAGAAAGCAGUAUGUUUUGAGGUCGAUUCAUGAUCCCAAUUAUGCAGUGGGGCUCGUUGAGAAGAUGGAGAGCGAGUGCAUCGCUCUGCAAGGUUCAAGGAGCUCAAGGGUUGUCCGUGCCCUGAGCAAAGCCCAUCUCCAGGAUGGUUAUGUAUCAUAUCCCUGGGAAAAGAAGAUGAAGGAAUCACUUCCUAUACCAAACUCAAGCAGCUUCCUCUCGAUGCUUAUCCUUCCUAUGGCAUCCGAUCCUUCUUCCUAUAGCUAUAACUCCCUUGAAGACACCUUGGCCAGGGCAAACUCUUGGCUCAUUUCAGCCCAGGCCUCUGGAGUUCCCAUUAUGUUCAUGAAUGUCCAGACUGAGGCACUUCUAUCCAAGAUAUCUGGAGAGACGGCUACAUCGACAGUGUACACAGGAUCACUAUCUGACCUUUCAAAUCUUGCAAAUGCAAGCCUUUAUGGCUUUGAAGACUACCAUGGAGUGGACAUAGGAGUAGUGAGAGGAGUUCGGCUUUGGUACACUCCUGCUGCUGGAGAACUAGCCAUAGAAAUUAAACUGCAGGAAGGUGACAACAAGCUGGGCUUCGCCGUUAGCCGCACUGAGGAGGGCUUCAUCUACAUAUCUUCUGUGAUUGAUGAAGAUGAUCGAGGAGCAGCUUCAAUUCGAUCAGGGCUCAGAUAUCUAUACAAAGAAGCAGAAAGGGCAUCAAAACUAUUGGUGAUCUCAAGGGUAUCAAAUGAGAAGGUUCUCCCCUGGAUGGUAUCAUCUUCUGGAGCCAUUCGCUGCUAUGACACAGUUUCACUUAGUCAUAAGCUCUCGCUUCACCGCCACGCACUGCAACCAAUUCUGAUCCAUGUGCUCAUGUGGGAGAAACCAUUGGCAUCUCUCAGCAGGGGGAUUGAACAAUCUACAGAUGCUCCACGACCUUUGCCUCUACCACAACCGCCAAUUCAGCUUUCUCAGAAUUUAGCACGUGAUGAUGCAUCUGAGGCAGCGCUGCAUAGGGAUACAGCUGGUGACAUCUCCUUUAGAUUUCAUGAUUUCUCAUUUCCAAACAGCUGGGUCUGACUUUUAGGGCAGGUUGCGAGAUUCCACGCUUCUCUGUAUAUAUGUAGUUAUGGUUCCCUGUAGUAGGCUUACUGCCACUUCGUCUCAGCUCGUGUGUAAUAUGGAGAUGCUUGUUAUAGUAAUGCUUUUGUAACACUCGAGGUUAUGGAUGUGCCAAUAUCAUAUCUUUAAGUAGACUAAGAUCUAAUUGUGUCUAGAGCGUGCAGGAUUGUGUGCUGACUGUUGUAACAAUAUAGAGAAUAUAAUAAAGGUUUAAGGAGAUAGAUUCUGGUUUGGCCGGUGAAAUUCGUGGCUUCAUGCCUUUUAAGUCAUUUGGAAAGAAGUGAAUGCUUUCAGGGCUUUCCAAAUUUUGAAUAAUGUGCAGUUAUUGUAUUAGAGUGACCUAUUUUAUGUGUGAUUGUAAGAGAUUGAA